GACGAUUUCGACCGAAAACCACCUUCAGAGGAUUAUCCUAGCUCUACUCACUGCCUUGUUAAUUUCAGCCGCUAUAAUAUAGCUAGCUUCACGGCGAUAUUCGUCCUUAUCGACGAAUCGCCUUCCGAUGAGGAUCUCUCAUUCUCGAAGAUCGCCCAUCGAAGAAAUGCUUCUGUAGUGUUCCUGUCAUCCAAGAGUGAUCGCAAAUUGGCCGCCCGAAGUCGAAGCGAUGAAAUACCCGUGUGCGAUCUGCUGAAACAACGAUUCGUCUGGCUCGAUUUGACCGAACACUUUCUACUAACGCGCCAGAGCUUUGUGGAAGAGUACAUGUCUUCUUCGUCAGCGCACCCGUCUUCCGUGCCUUACGAAUUGGUAAGGCGUGACGCGCGAGGGAUGCAGUUCGUUCUACAUGAACGUGCAGUGUUUGAUUUUUUGAAGCAGAAACGGAUUGUCGCCGAUCUUCUCGACUCGCCGUCACCAGAUGAGUUCAAGGAUAAUGUGCAUACGAAUCCGAACUUGGACACAGCCGGUGUGACUAUCGAAAGCUCA